AGGACAUUUCGCGCAAAAAAGCCUAAAAAAUUCAAAACCCGAGUUUGCAAUCGGAUACAAUGCUCUGACUAGCUAGCUGCUUUCCAAUUGGUACGGCGAAUCAAGGAUAUUCCAAGCCUCAGAAUGCACACAAUCUGUUCGAUGAUUUGUUUCAAAGAGCCCUCAGAUUCAUAUCCCCUUUUAAUUGCUCCUUCUCUGUUUGUAUUUAACUAAAUCUUUGAGUGGGUUCAAUUAACAGCAUUCGCAGUCCUUAUUUUGUGACUUACUAUCAUUUGUACUCCCUGCUUUACCAUAAUUAAUAAAUUUCAAUCCUCCUGAGUGACAAUUUGUUUGAAGUUUGAAGAAGAUGCUUAUAAAACGUCUCUUCUCAUCGUCAUCGUCCGCUUCCCCGAAUUUGUUUAAAAUAGGAAGCAUUUUGAAGCAAGCUAGGACAUUUACAGAUGCUGAUGUUGUUGAUUAUUCUAAGUUGACACGGGAUGCUAAUCCAUUGCAUUUUGAUGCUGAAUGUGCCAAGAAUGCUGGUUUUGAUGACUGCCUUGUUCAUGGGAUGCUUGUUGCUUCCUUAUUUCCCAGGAUUAUUGCUGCCCAUUUUCCAGGAGCUAUAUAUGUCUCACAAACCUUGCAAUUCAAGUUGCCUGUUUAUAUAGGAGAUGAGAUCAUCGCUGAGGUACAAGCAAUAAGCAUAAGACAAAUAAAAAACAAGUACAUCACAAAACUGUCAACAAAAUGUAUCAAACGUGACGGUCCUCUGGUAAUCGAUGGUGAAGCAACAGCAGUUUUACUAUCUCUGGUCAUGGAACCACCUCACUUGUCAAGUACUUCCAGCUAAUCAGUAACACCUUAGCUCGUCAGCAAAAGUAUCCUGAAGGUGCACGAGCAUCUCUUAAGAAAUACAAAGGGAAUAUCCCUGAGUUAAUUGCAAUCCUGGAUCAUUUGCAUCUAUAAGUUGCACAGCAUACAUGAGAUGGUAGUGUUUGAUGUCAUUCAGUUCAGAGCAUUUAGGUUAAGUUAGUAGUAGUUAGCAACUGCUGAUACACAUUAAAGUUACAUUUGAUUGCUGUACUUGGUGCCAAACUUUGUCCUUGGACUAGCACUUGUCAUUUGAGUGUGACAGCGUUUGAGCUGUAAAACCUAUGGAGUAUUAAAUUUUGAUUCCUUCCUGCUGAA